AAAGGUGCUGUGACAAGACAAACCAACCAAAAUCGCUGCUUCGCUGUUAGCACUGGUUAGCAAGUUUGUUGACUUUCGCAUUUCUUCGUUUCUCCUGAAAAAUCGGACCAGUGACACGAAAAAUGGACAACAGUGGCAAAGAAAAGGAAGCAAUGGCUUUGGUGGCCGAGGCUGAAAAGAAAAUGAAGUCGUCGCAGUCGUUUUUCGGGGCGCUGUUUGGGAGUUCUUCAAAAAUGGAAGAGGCCUGUGACUUGUAUGUGAGGGCAGCCAACAUGUACAAAAUGGCCAAAAAUUGGUGUGCUGCAGGAAAUGCAUUUUCCCAAGCUGCUCGCCUUCACCUCCAGAUGCAGAGCAAACACGAUGCAGCAACUAACUUCAUAGAUGCUGGAAAUGCCUUCAAAAAAGCAGAUCCACAGGAGGCCAUAAACUGCCUAAACCGAGCUAUUGAGAUAUACACUGAUAUGGGGCGCUUCACCAUUGCAGCCAAACAUCACAUCACCAUUGCUGAAAUAUAUGAGACAGAGCUGGUGGACAUUGACAAGGCCAUUGCUCAUUAUGAACAGGCAGCAGAUUAUUACAAAGGUGAAGAAUCCACCAGUUCAGCAAACAAGUGCCUUCUCAAAGUAGCGACCUACGCAGCUCAGCUGGAGCAGUACCCAAAAGCGAUUGAGAUCUAUGAACAGGUCGGAACUCAUGCAAUGGACAGUACGCUCCUGAAAUACAGUGCCAAGGAUCACUUCUUCAAGGCAGCGCUCUGUCACUUCUGCGUAGACAUGCUGAAUGCAAAACUUGCUGUGCAGAAGUACGAAGAAAUGUUUCCCGCCUUUUCAGACUCUCGAGAAUGCAAGCUGUUGAAGAAACUUCUAGAUGCAUAUGAAGAACAGAAUGUGGAAGCCUAUACUGACUCGGUGAAGGAAUACGACACCAUUUCACGGUUGGACCAAUGGCUCACCACCAUGCUUCUCCGCAUCAAGAAAACCAUACAGGACGAUGAGAGUGACCUUCGCUGACUUCCUUCUGUGUUCGUCUUCAAGCCGACAACAACCGACUUGCGUCCUUGUUUUGCCUUGAGCCUCUCACUUCCAUUCUAGCAGCGGUCUUUUGUUCUGACCAUGAACCCUCAUUUUCCUUCAAAGAUGGAAUGUUUCUUUCCUACCCUCUGCGGUAUUAUUUUCUUGCCUUUUUAAUCCACAAUGCUCCAAAAAUUGUCUUUAGAGGAUAAACACUAUUUCCCUGAGUGCCCAUUGCACACAUUAUGUUAGUUGUAUAUUGUUUAGAUAAAGGUAUUAGCCCAACAUUAGUUAUUCAUAAAUGGGCUGUAAUACCAAAACACUCGUACCAGCACAUUGAUAUAAUAAAGAUUUUAUUAAAAUGUUCUUGUUAUAAAAUGGAUGAGAGGAUGUCAAUAUACCAACACUUCGAUUUACAAAAUAUAUUUUCGAGAAUUUAAAUAAACUCAACUGACCAAAAUGCCAAUAUAUGUAAAAGCACACACAGGUUUUUGGUGCUUUUGUGAGUAUUGUAGGUCAUAUCAGGGCACCUCUAAUUAAACAGCACUUCAUCUCGGCUGCAGAGCUCCUCUCCAAGCAGAGAGGCCAAGGGUUUCUGAGGUUAAUCCACUGCAAAUACCCACUCUGCCUUAUACUGGGAAAUUCUCAGGAUGUGAACAGCUAGAUUUGAUGAAAAAAUAAUAAUUAAUCAUACUUUUAGGAACUUUUUCAAUUAAUUUGCUAGUUGUUUGUUUUUUUUAAAUUUCCAUUGAAAGUGCUUUAAUCCAUAAAAGAAGGUGAAAGAAGCUCACCACCUUUGUGAACAUUUGCAUGGUUUGGUAUGGCUGAGAGUAGUAGCGCAGCCGUUUCCCACUGUAUAGGAGUUAUUCCUGAAGUGUGUUUUUUUUGUUUUUUUUGUGAUUGUCUGAUUUGUGUUCUUUUUCUGUCAUAACUAAUCAGGCUGAAAAAAAUGGCCUGCACGAAAUGCAAUACAUUGAAGAAAAAGGAGCUUUACUGAUCUGAACACUGUGCUCAUGUGCCCUCCUAAUGAUGUUGUCAAUAGACAAUUGGUCUUAAAUCAUUUGUAUAUCAGUGAUGUUUUCUGUCGAACAUUUAAAUAAACCUGUCGCAGACACACAGCA